AUGUUUUCCUUUGCCAAAAAGUUGGUCGAUAGAUUCGACACAAAGGAGCCUUCUGAUGAUUCCUACUUCAAGAAUACUUUACAGCUUAAUAAUAGGGGGUAUGGACUCAGAGUUCUUUCGGUUGAACCUCAUUCAAUUGGUCAACAACUCGGGUUAGAAAGUUGGUUUGAUUAUAUCAUAAGAAUCAAUAAUCAUGAGUUACCUAUGUUAAAUCCUUCUAUUUCCAACUAUCCUUAUAACAUAAACGAUGACGGAACUAUCAAUUAUGGAGGUAAUGCCACUCAGGACCAAGCAAGUAUGGUGGAUUUCAAUGCCAUUCACCAAGAAAUACAGAAUAUUUCCAAAUCAUCAAAACACUUGAUCAUCGACGUUUGGAAUGCUAAAGGGGGUGUUAUGAGACAACUAUACGUGCCACUUGAAGCUUCUGACUCGCUGGAUACCGAAGAUCACCAAUCUAAUUCCUUGAUUCCUAAAGAAUUCAAAAAAAUUGGUAUCAAUUUACAAUCUCAACAUCUUAAUACGGCAACUUAUGUAUGGAGAAUCCUUAAUACUCACCAAGAAUCUCCAGCUUUCCAAGCCCAAUUGAUUCCUUAUUCUGACUACAUCAUUGGAUGUGAUUCAGCUUUUCCUGAUGAUCCAUAUGGGAAAGGAUUGUUGUCCCAAGGUGGUGAAUCCUUGUUAUCAAGAACAGUAUUAAACUACUAUAAUUACAAUUUGGAGAAAUGUCAAGAUAAUUUUGUUCCUAUCACAUUGUAUGUCUAUAAUCAUGAUUAUGACAUUUUAAGACCAGUGACGGUGAAUUUAACGAAGUUCUGGGGUAGUGGUCAAAAUAAAGGUAUAUUAGGUUGUGACGUAGGCUAUGGAUUAUUACAUAGAAUCCCAGAGGUAAUUGGUAAGUUUGAAAAUGAAAAAAUGACUGACGACGUGUUAUUCGAGAAUAAAGACGACUAUCAAUAUAAUUCAACUCCAAUCGCUCCGCCAUCAGAAAAUUCUUUCACCCCAAUGGCAUCAAUACCUCCUCCUUCUAUGACAGCACCACCCCCAAAAUCCAAAAAGAAAAAGCACACUAGACCAACGGUUGACUUGAGUUCAUACAUGAAUGAAGAGUUGGAAAAAUCAAAGGAUACUGACAACACUACCACUAGUGAUUCACCAGUACCUCCUCCACCAAAAGCUACGUAA